CGUGGCAGUCAUUAUACACAAACAUGGCGGCCAGAUAAGAAUGUAAAGUUCAUUUUCGCGUGUGUAUGUUGAAAAAACAAAACAAAUUUAACCCACAUAUAUUUGUCUUUCAUAAAAAGUGAUUUGCAAUUUAGUUGCAAGUAACUUUAAAGGGAACUGAGAAUGGCUGCGUGGGCUGGAUUUUCAGAGGAAGAACUGCAAAGAUGGAAACACAACGGCGACCUCAUAAACCAGGCUGUGUCUGUCACAUUGGGUCGUGGCCGGAGAGCCGCUCCGACUAACCUGAGCAGACAGCAGCUGCAGCGGGAAAGGGCACUGCAGCUGGCAGCCAAACAGAAAGAGGGCAGCCACUCUCUUCCACCCGACCAACAGCUUACCAAGCCCCCAGACCCACCUGCUAUCACUCCUCCUGCUCCUGUCAAAUCACAGGACGAGUCCAACCCGUUGGAGACGCAACUGGUUAAACAUGAAGCAGAGCCUGUUAAGCAUGACCCAGAAUCACCUGCAGAGUCUGCACCACCAGCAGUCAUCAAAGAGCUGGGCAAAGAGGAAGUGGAAUUGCGAGAGAAGAACCAUCUGCAGCAGUUGCAGUGGGAGCAACGGAUAAUGGAAGAGAAGAAUAAAAAAAGAAAAGCUCUCCUUACAAAAACCAUUGCUGAAAAGUCCAAACAGACACAGGCUGAAGCUGUGAAACUGAAGAAGAUCCAGAGAGAACUUCAGUUACUGGAUGAUUCUGUGUCCAGUGACAUUGGGAUUCUCAGAAAACUGAUAGAGCAAUCCAGCAUGGAUUAUUCCCAGGCAUGGUAA